AUGGGGCCCCCGGGCAAUAGGGGAUCAUGGGGCCCCUGUGUCCUUGCCCAAACUGAAAAAAGCCUAUGAAAAAGUUGUGCAAUGGGGCUACACAUUACGGUGCGCUAGCGUGCAAUGCAGUAGUGUACCGAUGCAAUGGUAGUGCGAAAGUUCAUGCCUACAGUCAGGGGCAGACUGACAACUCAUGGGGCUCCCGGACAAUAGGGGAUCAUGGGGCCCCUGUGUCCUUGCCCAAACUCAAAAAAGCCUAUGAAAAAGGUACCAGGGGCAUCUCAUGGGGCCCCCUACUAACCCUGGGCCCUCGGGCAGUGCCCGAGUUCCCAAAUGGUCAGUCCGCCCCUGGUGCCAUGCACUGCAACCCAUAACAUCGGGGUACUCAUCAAAAUGAAUGUCACCGCAA